GGUUUGUCCCGUCCCGGCCGCCGUCCGCUCCCCUCUCCCUCCCUCUCCCCCGCCCGCCAUAUUGUGGCCGCCGCAGCCCGGGAGCCGCCGCCUGAGGAGCCGCGAUGGAAACCAUGGCGAGCCCUGCCAAGGACAACUACCGAAUGAAGAGCUACAAGAACAAAGCCCUAAACCCCGAGGAGAUGCGGCGGAGGAGGGAAGAGGAAGGCAUUCAGCUGCGCAAACAGAAACGAGAGCAGCAGCUCUUCAAAAGAAGAAAUGUGGAGCUGAUCAAUGAAGAUGCUUCCAUGUUUGAUAGUCUCCUUGUGGAUUCUUAUGUUAGUGCCACAACCUGUGGGGAGGGAGUGAUCACAAGAGAGAUGGUAGAGAUGCUUUUCUCAGAUGACCCUGAUCUACAGCUAGCAACCACUCAGAAAUUCAGGAAGCUACUCUCCAAAGAGCCCAACCCUCCAAUAGAUGAAGUGAUCAACACUCAAGGAGUGGUGGACAGAUUUGUUGAAUUCCUGAAAAGAAGUGAAAAUUGCACAUUACAGUUCGAAGCAGCCUGGGCGCUGACGAACAUCGCCUCGGGAACCUCCCAACAAACAAAAGUAGUGAUCGAGGCUGGGGCAGUUCCUAUAUUUAUAGAGCUGUUAAACUCUGACUUUGAGGAUGUUCAAGAGCAGGCUGUCUGGGCAUUGGGGAACAUUGCUGGAGACAGCUCUGUGUGUAGAGAUUAUGUCCUUAACUGCGCUAUCCUUCCUCCCUUAUUAAUGCUCCUUACAAAGUCCACCAGGUUGACAAUGACACGAAAUGCUGUCUGGGCCUUGUCAAACUUGUGCAGAGGGAAGAGUCCACCACCCGAAUUUGAUAAGGUGUCUCCUUGCCUGCCAGUCUUGUCCCGACUGCUGUUCAACAGCGACUCUGACUUGCUGGCAGAUGCCUGCUGGGCUCUCUCCUACUUGUCAGAUGGUCCCAACGAGAAAAUUCAAGCAGUGAUUGACUCGGGAGUGUGCCGGCGACUGGUGGAGCUGUUAAUGCACAAUGACUACAAAGUGGCCUCCCCAGCUCUGCGAGCCGUGGGCAACAUUGUGACAGGAGAUGACAUCCAGACCCAGGUGAUUCUGAACUGUUCAGCUCUGCCUUGUCUCCUUCACUUAUUAAGUAGUCCCAAGGAGUCAAUCAGGAAAGAAGCUUGUUGGACCAUAUCUAACAUCACAGCAGGAAACAGAGCACAAAUACAGGCAGUCAUAGAUGCAAACAUUUUCCCGGUGCUGAUAGAAAUCCUGCAGAAGGCAGAGUUCCGCACGAGGAAAGAGGCAGCCUGGGCCAUCACAAAUGCAACGUCAGGAGGAACUCCUGAGCAGAUCAGGUACUUGGUAAACUUGGGCUGUAUCAAGCCUCUUUGUGACCUGCUGACUGUUAUGGACUCCAAGAUCGUUCAGGUGGCAUUGAAUGGGCUGGAGAACAUCCUGAGGCUUGGGGAACAAGAGGCCAACCAGAGCAGGACAGGCAUCAACCCCUACUGCAGCCUGAUUGAGGAGGCCUACGGUUUGGAUAAGAUAGAAUUCCUCCAGAGCCACGAGAACCAAGAGAUCUACCAGAAGGCCUUUGACCUGAUUGAGCACUACUUCGGCGUAGAAGAUGACUCUGCUCUAGCCCCUGAGGUAGACGAGAACCAGCAGCAAUUCAUCUUCCAGCAACCUGAAGCUCCCAUGGAAGGUUUCCAGCUAUAAUGUGCCUGGAUUGGCUUCAAGAAAGAAGAAACCAACAAAACCCACAACAAAAAAAAAACCCAAAACCAAACCACCACGAACUUGCUGGAAAGGAACCUGGGAGCAGCUGCUGGUUCCAUCCCCUCCUUGCAAACAGAAGGCUGAACACCCACUCCACCUGUUAGGAGACAAACAUCUUCCUUCAAACAACUAGAAGCAGUGCUUUGUCCUCUGGGAGAAGGAGAUGUUCUUCCACUGUAUUCUUUUGGGUUGGUUGUUUUUUGCUGCUGCAUUACAGUGUCCUUAAAGCAGGCAUCUGGGUGGAGGAAGGACACUUGAGGUAACAGAUAUUUUUUUGCACCUCUUAGGGUGGUUGAGUUGAUUCUUUUUUGUUGUCGUUGUCAUCUUCUUUGUGGUGAUCUCUUCCCAACUGUCACACUUCUUACCUCGGGUACUUUUGAGAUGUCAGUGUUGGGGUAGGGGUGGGAGGGAAGAACACAAAUAGACAACCUUAAGCAUCCUGACAAGAAUCAUUCUGGAAGCCUGAGGUUGAUCUAUUUAAUGAGUUCCCUUUUUUUGUUGUUGUUGUUUUUGAGUUCUCUUUUUUGGGUUGGGUUUUUUGUUUGUUUUUUUUUUGCACAUGUUGCUCUUUAUUAAAGACUCUCAUUUGCCAAGAGCCAAGUUCUUUUUUAAACCCUGGCCUUUCUACAAGCCUCCUUUCAGUGGACAGCCCUGUUGAACUUGGGCCAAGUUCCCCUGCAAUAUACUGUAAAUGGACAAAGAAAUUGGGCAGGAUUUUUCUCUCUUGAUGGGGUGGGCAGAGGGAAGCUUCUUCCCCUGGUUUAACUUCUUUUUUUUUUGGGGGGGUGUAGUUGUUUUUUGUUUUGCUUUGGAAGAACUUAGUGAUAUUUACAAGCAGAAAACACAGAGAGGCACCAAGCCCUCCCCAAAAUACUAACUCUGAAGAGGGGUGGUUUGAAACAGAAAGCACAGCUGCCCUUGCACAGGCUUUGUUUGCAUUGCUACUGACCGAAGUCACCGAACUGUUGACAUGGUGAAAACUCAUCUUCAUCUUUACUUGAAACAUUGUUGGGUUGAGGUCUCUUUAUUUUUGUUAUCCCCCAUCAGAACCUAUUUUUGGGGUUGUUUUGUUUUGUUUUUUUUUUAGUUUCUUUUCUAUUUGUUUUCCUGGCUUAGGAGGAGGAGGAGGAGGAGAAGGAGGAGCUGGCUCCACUCGCUCCACGGCGGUGUUGUGUGCGGUGUUCACUUUGGGUAAUGCCAGGGCUUGGCUUUUCCAGGUUUGACCUCCUGCUCACAGUUUGGAUCUGUGUACAUUUUACUUAAAAAAAAAACCAAAAAAACAGACAAAAAAAAAAAAAGGAGGAAAAAAAAAAAAAAGAGUUAAAUCUGAGUAUUUUUUAUAUUAUAUAUAGGUAGAUAUUUGUCUAAUUGGGCUUCAGAGAAAGGAAAUCCUAUAUGAAAUUGCUGUAAUUUAAUGUAAAUAGAGCACUGUGAGGCAGGGCAGGCCUGGAAACGAUGGCUCCAGCUCACUUUGACUGGUUGUCCUGCUUCUCUUCCUCUCUUCACUCACGUACUGUAUCAGCAAGCAUAGAGUUGUCUUAAAACUCCUCUGCCAGGGUUGAGUUCAUUGUAGCCAGCAGUUCAUUAAACAGAAGCCGACGGGCUAGGCUCUGGAGAACAAAAACACUUGUGGGGUGUGGGGGAGAGCCUGGCUGCUGCUGUCUGGGGUGAGAGGCAAAGGGUGGUGCUCACCCAGCAGCCUGAGCUCUGGUUUGAACCCAAUUGAUUGUGAAAUGAAUAAACUCCAUCUGUGCAGUUUGA